AUGGCACUUAUGACUAGCAAAGGAGCCUCAUCAUGCUCAUUCAGCCACCAAUACAAUAACUUUGAUGUUUUCUUGAGUUUUAGAGGUGAAGAUACCUAUCAUGGUUUCACGGGCCAAUUAUAUGACGCUUUGUGUCAGUGGGGUAUUCACACCUUCAUCGAUAAUAAUCUCCCAAGAGAAGAACAAAUUUCUGCACAAAUUUUCAAAACCAUUGAAAGCUCAAUGAUUUCAAUAAUUGUAUUUUCUGAAAACUAUGCUUCCUCCACUUGGUGCUUGGAUGAGCUUGUCAAGAUUGUUGAGUGUAAGAAGAAUGGUCAAUUGAUGCGGCCAAUUUUUUACAACGUGGAUCCAUCAGAGGUUCGUAACCAAAAAGGAAAGUUUGGGGAAGCACUAGCUAAACAUGAAGAAAAUUUUAAGAAUAACAAAAAGGUACAAAGUUGGCGAAAAGCUCUAUAUGAAGUGGCCAAUAUAUCUGGUUGGCAUUAUAAGCACAACUGCAGUGAGUUCGAAUUUAUCCAAGAAAUUGUCAAAGAGAUCUCAAAUUCUAAAUUAAACCACACACCAUUAUUUGUUGCUAGAUACCCAGUUGGAAUAAAUUAUCGUGUGGAAAGCAUAAAGCUACUUUUAGAUAUUGGGUCAAAUGAUGUUCGCAUGGUAGGGAUGUAUGGCCCUGGUGGAGUGGGUAAGACUACCCUUGCUAAAGCUAUUUAUAACAUGGUAUAUGCACUUUUUGAGGGAAGUAGCUUUUUAGAAAAUGUUACAGACAGGUUUGGGAUAUUUAAUGGUGGAAUCCAAUUACAAGAGACAUUUCUUUAUGAGAUUUUAGGGGAUAUAAAUGUGAAGGUUAGCAACGUAAGUAGAGGAAUCAAUUUGAUAAGGGAGAAGCUUUGCAGUAAAAGGAUUCUUUUAAUUCUUGAUGAUGUGGAUAAAUUAGACCAGAUAGAAAUAUUAAUUGGACAAUGUGAUUUCCUUGCUCCUGGAAGUAGAAUCAUUAUAACCACCAGAGAUAAACACUUGCUAGCUUCUUUUGGAAAAGGUCUUUCAACCUACGAGGUUAAGGAAUUGGAUGAUCAUGAAGCUCUUGAAUUAUUUAGUUUGCAUGCAUUCCAAAGAAACAAACCCAAUGAAGAAUAUUCAAAAUUUACAGACCAAGUUAUAUGUUACGCUAAAGGCAUUCCAUUAGCUCUAGCAAUAAUAGGUGCUAAUUUGUAUGGAAGAAAUGAAAUGGAGUGGAAAAGUACAUUAGAUAAGUAUGAAAGAAUUCCAAACAGAGAAAUUCAACAAAUACUCCAAAUAAGUUAUGAAGGAUUAGAUGAAACUGAACAAGAUAUUUUCCUAGAUAUUGCAUGUUUCUUCAAGGGAUUUUUCAAGAAUUAUGUUGUAGACAUACUAAAUUCUUGCAAUUUAUACCCAAUUAUUGGUAUUCAAAGACUUACUGAGAAGUGUCUCAUAACUAUUGAUCGACAUGACAAAUUAUGGAUGCAUGACUUGGUACAACAAAUGGGUAGAGAAAUUGUUCGACAAGAAUCACCAAAAGUACCUGGAAUUCGUAGUAGGCUAUGGUGUUAUGAGGAUGCUUUUGAAGUACUAACGGAAAAUAUGGGAUCGGAAAAAAUUCGAGGCAUGAUGAUAUGCACCCUUGAACGAGCAAAGUUGCAAUUAGAAGCUAAAAGUUUUGAAAAGAUGAAGAAACUCAAGUUCCUUAUUGUUGCUAAUGUAGAUAUUUGUGGAGAUAUUGAAUAUCUUCCCAAUGAAUUAAGGUUACUUGACUGGCCUGAAUUUCCCCUAUCUACCUUACCACCCAAUUUUCAUCCUCAAAAACUCAUUGCACUCAAUAUGCCACAAAGUCAAGUUGUAUUGGACAAAAUUCUCAAGAUGGGACAAUUCAAAAACUUGACAUAUAUGAAUUUUCAUUCUUGUCAAUACAUAACGAAAUUAUCCGACUUAUCCAUCACAACCCCAAACAUAAAGCAAUUGAAUCUCAAUGAAUGUAGAAAUUUAGUCGAAGUUCAUGACUCUGUUGGAUGUCUUGAUAAGCUUGAAAAGUUGGAGCUUUAUAACUGCACUGAACUUCGAAUUCUUCCAAGCUUCCUCAUGAUGAAAUCUCUUAACCAUUUAGAUAUUUAUAUGUGCACAAGGCUUGAGAAAUUCCCUGAUAUUCCGUAUGAAAUGGAUGGUUUAAAGUAUCUAACUUUUGUUGGGACUGCAAUUAGAGAGCUACCUCCAUCAUUUGGGAAUCUCACUGGGCUUGAGACAUUACACCUAGGUUCAGGUUUCGGAGCAGCUUGA